GAAGGCUGCGGGAAUAGGGUGAGGAUGGCCAACUCGGCGCUGGAGAUAGUGGGCCUGUUACUAACCCUCAUUGGGCUCAUUGGGGCGGCUGCGAGCACUGGGAUGCCGAUGUGGCGGGUGACAGCUUUCAUCGGGGAGAACAUCAUCGUGUUCGAGACCCGCUAUGAGGGCCUCUGGAUGAACUGCUUCAGGCAGGCCGACAUCAGGAUGCAGUGCAAGGUGUACGACUCGCUCCUGGCGCUAUCUCCUGAUCUGCAGGCGGCACGCGGGCUCAUGUGCUGCUCCCUGGCGCUGGGUGGACUGGGCCUUCUGAUCAGCUUGGUAGGCCUGCAGUGCACCUCCUGCAUCCAAAACAACGACCGGGCCAAACGCACGGUCCUCAUCAUCGCAGGAUGCAUGAUCAUCAUGUCUUGCAUCUGCGUCCUCAUCCCCGUGUCCUGGACCGGCCACGUCAUCAUCAGGGACUUUUACAACCCCUUGCUGAUCGACGCCCAGCGCAGGGAACUGGGUGAGGCUCUCUAUAUUGGCUGGGUGUCCUCCGCCUUCCUCUUCGCCGGUGGGUGCAUGUUCACCUGUUGCAACCUGCAGUCCGGAGACAAAGGAUCCGAGAGGUACAUGUACUCCAGGAACUCUCAGUACGUGGCCUACCCCCCACAGCAGCUGCUACCGCAGCAGCUGGUGCUGCCUCCCCAGCCUCAGCCCCAGCCGCUUCUGUCACGACACCCGUCCACCAACUACAGCUACUACUCCGGACACCCCUCGGUGCGCAGCGCCGUCGCCUAUCUUUAGGCAACGGUGAUCUCAGCCGGGGUCAAACUGUAGGCGAGCGAUUUCUCUCCUCUCGUCAGUGACGCGUUUCAACUAUCAAAAGAUGAAUUUCAAGCUUUGAAACAAAUCAAACGCCUGGGGAGAGGUUUCGGGAGUGGUUUAAAGUUUAAUGGGGAGAUUUGUUGUCAGUUCAUGAGAGACACAAUUGGGAGAUAUGUGGUAUUUUCAAUCACCACUCUUUUUACAUUUACAAGGACUUGCGUAAUAUUUUAUAACUGUUGUUGUAACACCGUCUUGUGGAGGUGCGCCAGCAGUCGAAACUUGAUGCCGGCACCUGAAAACAUGGCUUGCCGUGUGAAUCUAGGCCAGCACACACGCUCCACCUCACACACAGCCUGUAUGUCUUAUGCAUAAUUACAAUUAUUGUAUCGUUUAUUUUUCUAUUUGUCAAAUCACCCGUUAUG